CUGGCGGCUGGCGUCCUGAGCGCUCCUCUGCCCGCAGACGGCCGCUCGCUGCUGCUAGCGCCCUGCCUGGCGGACGCGCCGGCGGCCCAGCUGCUGGAGUCGCGGGUGCGAGAGGUGGAGGAGGAGAACCGGCAGAUGCGGCUGCAGCUCAGCCAAUCGCAGGGCGCCGCCAACCAGCCGGCGGACGGUAACUACGGCAACCAGCAGUGGGGCGCGUCGGCGGACACGCUGCCGGAGGACGGAGACAACACGGCGGAGGAGAAGAGCAACCACACCGACUGCCCCCGCCCCCCCACCGUCCACAAGUGUGAGGUGGGUCACUUCCUGUUUGUUCACAGCUCAGCCAAUCAGAGGGCUCGGUGA